AGGGCUAAAAAUGGAUAUGCAUUUUGGUUAUGAGCCAUCUUCGGCGGCUGCAUCGGUCUACUCUUGUAGGCCAGAAUCCGAGUUCAAAACCAUGUCCAGAAGGUCUUCAUCUGUUGCAGACACAUUUCAGGAAUUAGAAAGUGUUGGAGAAGUAGUUACACGAUUUGAGCUCGAUAUGGCGUGUGUUUGUGAGAAGCUGGCCAACUUAAACUUACUCUUGAUGCAUAUGGAAACCAUAGAGAGUGAAUUUGAGUCCCUUGUAUCUGAUAUGAAUCCAAAGAUGAGUAGUGACCUUGAGUUCAAGGCAUUGGAAUUCGACUUUUUAUCUGGCUUUCUGAAUUCCGAGGUCAGUGUAUUAGAAACCGAAAUAUCUAAUGUUCAGAAUGAUGAAAGUAAUAUGCAGGAGUUUAUAUCUUCAAGCAAAUACUUGGGAGAUACUUCCAUGGAACAAGAAGAUAUGUUGCGUGAUUCAGAAAAAUCAUUGAAGCAAUCAAUGGAUCAGCUCUUAGAAUUAAAAAUGCGUGCAGCCAUGUUUGAGAAGAAUGUUUCAAGAUUUUCUGGAGGAGAAACUCGUACAACAGACAAGGAUGAUUCAGUAAGGUCAUGCAACAAUGAUCUUCCUGAACUAAAAGACAAAAUGAAUGUGCAGACAGUGGAACAUCAAAGACAUAUUUUGAGAAUGCUCGAGAAAUCGUUAGAAAGAGAAAUAGAGUUUGAGAAGAGGGUAUCAGAAUCAACUCAAAUCGAGGAAGCUUUAACGAUGAGGUUGCAUUCUUCGGAACAAGAAGUUCUUUUAGCCGAAGAAGAAACUAUACUCACUUUGGAAAAGCUUUAUGAGGCUGAUCACACAUCCGAGACCCUAAUGGGAAUCUCCAAAGAAUUGUUAAGCACGAUCAAUACGUUGCAAGUUGAUCAGCACAAACAUUCAGAUUCUAAACAUCGAGAAGAAACAGUUGCAUUGAAAGAGCGUAUUGUUAAGGCAGAGCGACGGGCUGAGAAUGCUGAAACGAAAUGCAAGUUUUUAACAAAUGCUAGUAAUGAGAUCAAGAGUUCAUCUGAACAGAAAGUGGGCAUGCUUGAGAAAAAGCUGAUGGAUACUAAACAUAAGCUAAAGCUUAGCAAAAGUCGUAGAAAUAGUUUGGAGGAUAUUGAUUCGAUGGUGGUGAUGAUGGUGGAAGUGGGUGGAUCAGUUUAUAGUUGGACCCUUAAGAUGGAUGCUGCCACUAAUCGUGAAGCAUCUUCUCCUCCGUUAUCUCUUUAUUCUGGUGGGCGAGGGUCAGAACUCAAUAAGAGCAGCGUAUCCUUACAGACUUCUUCUCGCGGUGAUACAAUUCUAGACUCGGAAAGUUCUGGAGAGAUUGUAGCGAGAUAUGAACUGGAUACAACAUGUAUUUGUGAGAAGCUGACAAACUUAAACAUGCUAUCGUUUCAGGUGGAAAGUAUGGAAAGUGACUUUGAGGCCUUUCCUUCUGACGUGGAACCUGAGAUGGCUAUCAAGGCACUAGAAUAUAACCUUUUAUCUGGGUUUUUGGAUUCGGAAUUGAGUGUGCUAGAGACAUGCAUAUCUGAUCUUCAGAGAGAAGAAGUGAUUGUAAAGGAGUUUCUAUCUUCACGAAAACAGUUAGGGGAGCUCAUGGGGAUGGAAGACACGUUACAUGAUUCCGAAAAGUCUUUGGAGCAGUCUCUGGAGCAGGUUUCAGAGCUAAAAUCACGAUCUGCCAAAUUUGACAAAAACUUGUUAAGAUUUGCUGGAGAUGAAGCCUACACAGAGUCCUCAAACGACAGUGAUAAUCUAGAACUGAAGGAGAAUUUGAAAAUGCAGAAUGCGGAACAUCAGCGACACGUUUUGAUGAUGCUAGAUAAAGCUUUGAAAAGAGAAAUAAAUUUGGAGCAGAGGGUGACUGAGUUGGGUCAAGUGGAGGAAACUUUGACAAUGAGAGUGCGCGUGUUAGAACAAGAAGUUCUCGAUGCUGAAGAGCAAGCCGAAACGGCCUUGAAGAAAUUUUAUGUAGCAGACCACACUUCUGAUCUCUUUAUGGAGACAUCCAGAGAAUUAAUUAGUAAAAUCGAGAUGUUACAUAUUAAUCUAAUAGGUUCAACUCAACGAGAAGCGGAACUUGAAAAACGUGUUGCAGAAUGUGAGAGUCAGCUGGUCAAUGAGAAAGCAUCUGCAGAACAGAUUGUGGUAAUGGAAAACUCGAUUAUAGAUCUAAGAGAACAAAUAAUUGAAGCAGAGAGCAGGCUUGUGAACUCUUCCAAGGAUACAUAUGAAAAAGUGGUUGAACUUGAGACAGAAUUGAGUGAUGCCAGAGCUAAGCUACAACAUGCAGAGGCAUUAAAUGAAGCUAGCCAAGAGGAAAACCUCAUGUUAAAGUCCACUAUCAAAGAUAUGGGUGAUGUGAUUGAAGACAUGAAGAAAAAAACCACACAAGCUGAAAUUGAUAAUGAGAGUAUGGAGGACAGAUGUAUUUUCUUGUCAGAGUCUAAUGAAGACUUAAAAAAGGAACUUAGUCUUGCUAAGAGUAGGGUUAAAUGCUUACAGGCAUCCUUGCAUCAAAUGGAGGUGACGAAGAAGGAAUCUGCUGAAGACAUAAGUUUUCGUUCCAAGCUGUUAAUGGAUAUGGCGAUGCAGAUGGCAAUUGAAAGAGAACGCCUCCAAAAACAGAUAUCUUCAUUGAAACAGCAGAACAAAAUCUUUAAGCAUUUAAAGAAAAAAGACGUAAGUCCUGCUGUAAAUGCGAGCCAUGGUGAUAAAGCUAACAACUUCACUACCGAAAGCAAAGAAGCCUUGUCAACCAGUUUUGAGCUAGAGAAGGCACAUGACGAGACUGUAAUGGACUCCCCUGAGGCUGUAAGAAACAUUGAUGUUAGGGAGAUUAGUCGAAAAGUCCUUCUGAAAGUACUUCUCAUUCUAAUCGUCCCACUACUUGGUAUGCUUCUUUAUGGAACUCAGGUUCCUUAAGUACAACCAGCACAUGGCUUUCAGCAUCAGGUUCAUCCAAAGUCCCUGGUCAAGAAUGUUUCAUAGUCUGAGAUAAAAGGAAAAUGCUUAUGUUACAUACUAUCGAGUCUUGUUGGAAACUUUUGCUGCAUUUUUGCAAAUUAGCCAGGAUCGGGUUCUAUUUCAUCCAAAAAGCUGAAGCUCCAUCACAAGGGCCUGUCUUUUCCAUAGUUGAAUUCAGAUGCAAAUUGAAAAUCUAAUUGCAUGAACCAUGAAGUGCAAGUAAUCAUAGCAUACUGCUACUAGUUUGUUUGUAUAGGUAGGCAGAUAAAUAGUUCGCUGGGAGAAUGUUGUUUUUGAAAACUUUACGGUUUAAACUUGGUUUAUGUUAAUGUGAGUCCAUGUUUUGUAUAAACAGGUUUUAAGUUUGUAGUUCUCAUUUUAAGGCUUAUACCAUGUAUAAACUUGAUUUUGUUCAAAAUCAAGUUUGUUAGGCUAUUGAAUUUUGGUUUGGAAAA